GGCGCGGAAGUGACGUCACCGUGUGCGACGCGGGAGUGGGAGCUGGGACCUGUAGGGCCUUGGUACUUGGAAUCCAGGGGAGAGGGCUGCACGUUACCGCAAUGUUCGGCUCCAGCCGGGGCGGCGUGCGCGGCGGGCAGGACCAGUUCAGCUGGGAGGAUGUGAAGACUGACAAGCAGAGGGAGAACUACCUGGGCAACUCUCUGAUGGCCCCGGUGGGCCGCUGGCAGAAGGGCCGUGACCUCACUUGGUACGCCAAGGGCCGGGCGAACAGCGCUGGGCUGAGCCGGGAGCAGGAAUUGGCGGCUGUGAGGCAGGCGGAACAGGAGGCGCUUAUGGCAGCGCUAGGCUACAAGAACGUCAAGAAGCAGCCCACCGGCCUGAGCAAGGAGGAUUUUGUCGAAGUUUGUAAGCGGGAAGGUGGUGAUCCCGAAAAGGGAGUGGACCGGCUUCUGGGUCUUGGGAGCUCCAGUGGCUCUGUAGGGCGAGUGGCGCUGUCCCGGGAAGACAAAGAGGCCGCUAAACUGGGGCUUUCGGUAUUCACGCACCACCGCGUGGAGAGCAGUCGGCCAGGGACCUCCUUGGCUUUGGCCAAGAAGAAGCUUCGGUCAGAGGAGAAGGUGGAGCCGGGUCCUGAAAGCCACAGGAAGAGCAGGAAAGAGAAGAAAAAGAAGAGGCACAAGAAAGAGAAAAGAAAAAAAGAAAAGGAUCGUGGGAGAAGGCUGGAUUCCUCACUGCCCCCUGCUCCCAUCCAGCAUGACUCUGACUCUUCAACUUGCUGCAAGAAGCGCAGGCACGACAGCGACUGAGGCCCAGGGGUCUGGAGGACUGGCCUGUGGGGGUUACCCCAGGCUCCCAGAGAGGCUUGAAGUCCCUCAGUCGUGUCCAGCUCUUUGUGACCCCAUCGACUAUAGCCCACCAGACUCCUCUGUCCAUGGAAUUCUCCAGGCCAGAAUACUGAAGAGGCUUAGUUGUGGUCCAGUACGGCUACUUCUAUUUUUCUUUGUAUUGACCCACUCUUUGUACUUAAAUAAACUUAUUUUAAGUGGAAA